AUUUAUUAAUGGAUUUUAUUUAUCCUUAAAAAAAAAGAAAGAAUGGUUAAAAAAAUGCUUCUCAUAUGUGUCGUCCUGUUUUUAUUACCUUGCAUUCAAGGAUUUCCAAGAGAAGUUCCAAUCGGAGUUCUUUUCGAUGGGGAUGAAAUGAUUGAAACAGCGUUUUAUUUAUCGAUCAAAGAUGUUAACAGAAAUGCUGAAAUAUCAAACGAUAUUAAAGCUUUAACAUUAAGAUCGGAACAAAUUGACAGCGAUACCUUCGAUGCAGCAGAAAAAACGUGCAAACUUUUGGAAAAGGGCAUAGCUGGUUUGUUCGGACCGAAAGACAAAUCUGCAUCGUAUUUUGUUCAAAGUAUGUGCGAUGCUAUGGAUUUGCCAUACAUUACCACUACAUGGGAUCCCGAACAAACUCGAGGAAAUUCAAUUAAUUUAUAUCCUCAUCCCGAAGUUCUCUCAAUGGUUUAUUACAAUAUAAUAAAAGAUUUCAAUUGGAAAGAAUAUGCAAUUUUGUAUGACAAUACAGAAAGUUUGUUAAGUUUGCAACGUGUAUUGGAACUUCAAGAAAUAGUUGGUUACGAGAUUACGAUUUAUCAUCUCGGUAAUGGUCCAAAUUACAGAGAUAUUUUACGAACCGUCAAAAUGUCGGGAGUGAUCAACAUAGUGAUCGAUUGUUCGUAUGAAACUUUAUCUACGGUUCUCGAACAAACCCAACAAGUUGGUUUAAUGUUACAAAAGUAUAACAUAAUCGUGACAAAUCUGGACUUCCAAACAUUAGAUCUGGAACCUUAUCAAUACUCAGGUGUAAACGUGACGGGUGUAAGAAUGAUAAAUCCAAAAGACCCUUAUCUCUUGGAUAUUUAUAAUACUUUUUAUCUCGAUUGGAACUUAACAGAUCCAACGCAAUUAAGACUCGAAGCAGCAUUGGCCUUCGAUGCUGUGCAAAUUUUUGCCAAAGGCAUGGCACUGUUGGAGAACAGUGUUAAUGGUGAUUUUAAAAAAUUAGCAUGCAACGAGACAGAUAAUUGGGAAUUUGGUAAUAGUUUGAGCAAUUUUAUUCGUGCCGAAAAUAUGCAUGGGUUAAGUGGACUAGUGAAAUUCGACACAUCAGGAUACCGAAGUGAUUUUAAAUUAGAAAUCGUCAGUCUUAACAUAAAAGGAUUAAAUAAAGUUGGUGAUUGGUAUAGUACGAAUAGUAUUCGAUGGGUACAAAAAUCUGGCCUUCCAGCCAAUGAGAUUAAAGUAUUGCAAGACAAACAUUUCAUCGUUUUGAUAUCUCUGACUUAUCCAUAUGGAAUGUACAAAGAAUCACCUGAUUUGAGGACAGGUAAUGAUCGUUACGAAGGUUUCGCUAUUGACGUCAUAGACGAAAUGAGCAAACUGUUAGGAUUUAAUUACACCUUUGAAGUACAAGAAGAUAACGUUUACGGUUCUUUGCAAAAAGCUACUGGAGAAUGGAAUGGGAUGAUUAGAAAAAUUAGAGACGGUAAAGCAGAUCUUGCGAUUACAGAUUUAACGAUCACUUCUGAACGAGAGAGUGCGGUAGAUUUUACAACACCCUUUAUGAAUUUAGGUAUAAGUGUACUUUACAGACAACCGACACAGGCACCACCAAGUUGGACUUCAUUUCUUUUACCAUUCUCUUAUGAAGUAUGGAGUUACAUUUUUGGAUCAUGGAUUAUCGUGAGCCUCGUAUUGUAUAUCAAUGGAAGAAUGAGUGCAGCCGAAUGGACCAAUCCGUAUCCUUGUAUAACCGAGCCAGAAGAAUUAGAAACACCUUACACGAUGGUCGACACUCCAUUUUUCACUAUUGCAACUUUACUUAAUGGUGCAUCUGAUUUCGCUCCUGGAGGUAUUUCAACGAGAGCAAUAGGUACAACAUGGUGGUGUUUUAAUCUAAUAAUAAACGCAACUUACACCGCCAAUCUAGCAGCAGCUUUAUCUACCAGUCCAACAGUAUGGCCCUUUACGAAGGCAGACGAGUUACCCUAUCAAAACGAAAUCAAAUACGGGGCAAAGAGAGACGGAUCUACCAUCUCGUUUUUCAAGACGGCAACCUACGAGCCCUACAAACUCAUGUACGACUACAUGAUGGAACACGCAAGCGAGGUUCUAACGGAUAACAACGAAGACGGUUUGAAAAAAGUGCAGCAAGAGAAUUAUGCAUUCUUCAUGGAAUCUACGUCAAUAGAAUAUUUUACACAAAGGAACUGCAACGUCACCAAAGUUGGUGGUUUGUUGGAUCAAAAGGGUUAUGGGAUUGCCAUGAAAAAAGAUAUAUAUUAUCGGAACCAGCUAAGCGGUGCGAUACUGAAGCUGAAGGAGGCUGGCAUGAUAACCGAACUCCAAGAUAAAUGGUGGAGGCAAAAAAGGGGUGGGGAUAAAUGUAGUGAAAAACCAGCUGCAAUUGCCAAUCCAUUGAAUUAUGAAGACGUUAGUGGUGUGUUUAUUGCUCUCGGAAGUGGUCUCGCUGUAUCCUGGAUAGGUACAAUUUGGUCUUUUGUCUGGCACAUACGAAACGUUUCUGUUACCGAAAAUGUUUCUUUCAAGGAGGAAUUGAUAAGCGAAUUGAAGUUUUUAUUAAAAUGUGGCGGGACAAAAAUAGUUACGAGAAGAAAGAAAUCUUCGACAACGUCAACGGAAGAGGAUACGAAAAAGCCAGACAAGUAGUUAAAUUUGAUUGAAUAAAAAAGAAACUCGUCGAUUAGAAAGAAAUCGAUUAAGAAUUUUCAAUCAACCUCGGGGUGUGAAUUAGGGUUUUUACGAUAGGAAGGAUUUAAUGACGAAGGAGGAGGAGAAAGAAAGAAAGAAAGAGAAAAAAAUCACUUUUGGAAUAAGGAACGAUUGUAAUGAGUUAGUGAUGGAAGGUAUUAUUAUUAUAAUAAUAAUAUUCGAUGUUAUUCACGCUAGCCUAAUAUCGAGAUUAGAGUAGAGUGUUUUUUUUCUUCUCUUUUUUUUUUGUUUUUUUUUUAUUCAAAAUACUUUUAAAAGCUUAUAGAAUAGGCAUAGGACCACGCGACUCUAAUGGGGGAAUCUUUCUCUUUCGAGAUCCAUAUAGACUAACAUGUAUCGCAAAAGAAUAUAACGAAAUUAGUGAUAAUAAUGGUGAGCGGCGGUUUAAUAAGCAUUAGGUGUAACAACCUUCUGUCGUAAAAGGGCCGCCGCCAAAGAGUAUCUCUCUCGGUGUAACGAAAUUGCUUGCUCGUAAAUAUAUGUUCGAUGGACAGGCGAAACACACGAUGUGCGUGCGCGAGCGCGCGCACGUUGACCUUAAUGAAGCUACUUUCUGGCAUAGAAAAAAAAAGAAGAGGAAUAUAAAGAGAUAAAAAUACAACGAGAAAAGGAAAAGAAAAAAAAGGAUUAGAAGAUCGGCGUGGUCCUUCAAAGAACGAGAAUGAUCGUUCAAAGAUCAUUUACGUAAAU